CUAGGGUGAUCAGGUUUAUGACCUUUGCCCUUAAGUCACUGACCUGUGACUGGGCUCGUCCGCCAUUUUGAAAUGUUGUGGGAUUGUCAUUGUCUAAAUUUCGGGUGAUUUUCAGGACAAUUCAUCGACAUAUAAAUCUACUAGCAACACAAAUAAACAGAAAUGGAGAGAGCAAUCAAAGUGGAGGGGGUUCUCCCUGACGAACUGGCCACUGGACUUCCUGAGAGCGAGACGAUCAGCAGAGAGGAUCAGACAACAGACACUGGAAGACAACAGCCCAAGGACACAAGCAUUUUGUUUGUUGAAAACUCCUCCGCAACUGACGUACCGCAUCAAAUUGCUCAGGCUUCCACUGAACAGACAGGUAGUCCGGACGACAAACGUGCUAAAGAUGAACCUUUCGUUUGUAAUGAGUCUGUGUCCAGAACUUUUGACUGUUUUGACCUAUCCCAACAAUCGUCAACACACACUGACAAGGAACCCUUUCCAUAUGACCAGUGCGACUUUUCCUCAUUUUCCUAUAAAAAUGUCAUGCAUAUGGCAACACACACUGGCGAGAAGCCCCAUAUGUGUGGCAAGUGCGGAUACCGGACAGGUAACAGAGCACACCUGUUCGAACACAUGAGAACACAUACGGGUGAGAAACCCUACAAAUGUGACAAGUGCCACUAUUCGUCAGCAAAGAAGAGUAAUUUAGAUCGACACAUGUUUGAUCACGCUGUGGAAAAACCCUUCAUGUGUGGAGAGUGCGGGUACAGCACAGCUAACAGGACUCACCUAGUCACGCACAAAAAAAUACAUACAGGCGAGAAACCGUUCAAGUGUGACCAGUGUGACUAUUCUACAGCAAGAAAGCCUAACCUGGAUCGACACAGGUUCAAGCACGGUGGGGAAAAACCAUACGGGUGUCAUCUAUGUGAAACUUCGUUUGCAGGAAAGGGUGAUCUAGACCAACACAUGGCUAAACACACUGGGGAGAAAUCCUACAUAUGUAACGAGUGUGAUUUUAGAACGGCUUACAGGUCUUCCCUGUCUGUUCACAAGAGAAUCCACACAGGCUUUAAAUCUUACAAGUGUGACCAGUGUGGCUUUUCUGCAUUGCAAAAAUGUCGACUGGAAAAACACAUGGUCAAGCACACUGGAGAGAAACCCUUUCUGUGUGGGGAAUGCGGGUUCAGAACGGGUUACAUGUCAAACCUAUCCGCACACAUGAAGAAAAAACACCCUGGAAAGAAAGCUUAACCCUGCAUUGUGGCAUUCCUUCUUCAUACGAAAACUAUUGUAACCAAAGUAAGUAAAGUAAUCCGUGUACAGGUCCAACAUGCAUUAUGGCGACGCACGAUUAUAGUUUACAAUGCAAUUUAUGUCCUAUACUAUUUGCAGCAUGUUGUGAAAUGUUGUGACUAAUAUCACUACUACAUGUAAGUGCCGAGAGAGGCUGUACAUACUAGUAUUUGUGGUGACUUUAUUAUAAGGCAUCAAGUCAUACAUAAUGUGGUAUCAAGUCAGCAUGUGAUCUCCUAGGUCUGUACGCAGAAAUAAAGCAUCGCCAUGAGAAGAGAAAAAAAGAUUUGUAUUAAUAUUAAUAUAUGACUAUUCACCUAAUUAAGAUAUGCAUGAGCAAGAGACCUGAUUGUUGGCAAGUCACACGAUCCUCGUAAGGGCAUGACCUGAAUUAUUAUUAUUUCUCUGUUUCUACAUUUUGCGUAAUUUAUUUGUUGAUUUACUCAUGGGUUUAUUACACAUGUACCGAUAUGUUUCUAUUGAUUAUUUUUUCUGUGACAGGUUGAACUAUAACUGACAACACAAAGAUUGGGCUUACCCAAAUUUUCGACUGAUCAGCUGUCUUUGCCACGAAAUAAUCCACUGCUUCUGUGUACAGUUUGAAUAGGCAUGAAUCAGAUCAGAUUUAUCAGAUUUAUGUAGUUUAGAGGUUUGGAAUGAAAAGUCUGGACGCAAGUCAUGCAAGUACGCAGCCCUCGUCACACUGAAUUAAAGCACUACAACAAUAGUUGAUCAUUAGGUGUUGAUGGCACCGACACGAUGACUGAAAAACAGUACACUAGUCCUAUGAUGUAAUCGGUGCUUUGUGGAUCCAGUCAAUAUGGAGUAAUUACGCACUUCACCUUUGACCUUUCACCUAAGGAGGUAAUGACCUCUGCGCUUGUCCGCCAUUUUGACUGCGACACGGCGAAAAGGAAAACGGUUUUGACGAAAACACAACCCUUCAUUGAUCCUCCAACAAACAGCACAUAGGACCGUCAUAGAGAAACUAUGGAAGAGAAAUGCAGCGAGAUUCAAUCUAUACUGCCGACGGUGCACCUUAGUAACGAGGCAGUUGAGAAACCAGACACGGGUACGGGAAGGCAAAACAAGAAGGCAGAAGACCUUGCAUCCGAGCAACCGAGUGGGUUAGAACCCCACUACUCUCCCGUACAUAGCCAAACAGAGCACACUAAUAAAUCUGCGGUGGAAAGUACAGUGGAGAGACACUUCGCAUCUACAAAGUGUGACUUUAAAGCAUGUUCAAAGGACAUCAUGGCAAAUCACACAGGCAAGAAACCCUAUAUAUGUGACGAUUGUGACUUUUCUGCCGCACAGAAAUGUCGUUUAGACCAACACAAGGCUAAACACACAGGAGAAAAACCCUUCAAGUGUGAUAAGUGUGAGUAUUCAACGGCUAAAAAAUGGCAUUUAAACCAGCACAAGCUACGACACACUGGUGAGAAACCCUACAUGUGUGGUGAGUGCGGGUACAGGACGGCUGACAGGUCUCAUCUCUCCAGACAUAUUGUCAAACAUACAGGCGAGAAACCCUACAAAUGUGACCAGUGUGACUAUUCUGCUGCACAGAAGGGCACGUUGGACCAACACAUGGUUAUACACUCUGGAGAAAAACCCUACGCAUGUGGAGAGUGUGGAUACAGGACGGCCAGGAAUUCUGACCUGUUGAAACAUUUAAGAAUACAUACAGGCGAGAGACCGUAUAGGUGUGACCAGUGUGACUAUUCUGCUGGAUGGAAAGCUAAUUUAGACCGACACCUGGCUACACACACCGGGGACAAACCCUACAUGUGUGGAGAGUGCGGAUACAGAACUAUCGUCAGGUCCAGCCUUACCACACACAUGAGAACACAUACCGGUGAAAAACCCUACAAGUGUGACCAAUGUGAAUAUUCUGCUUCGCAGAAACGUAAUUUAGACCGACACAUGGCCAAACACAAUGGAGAAAAACCCUACAUGUGUGGGGAGUGUGGAUACAGGACGGUUGAAAGGUCUCACCUUUCUAGACAUAUGAGAACACAUACAGGUGAGAAACCCUAGAAAUGUGACCAAUGUGAAUAUUCUGCCUCACGCAAAAACCAUUUAGACCGACACUUACUUGGACACACUGGUGAGAAACCAGAUGAAAAAUACAAAUGUGAUGAGUGUGACUACUCUACGGCACGCAAAGACUGUCUAGGCCAGCACUUGCUACGACACCGAGGUGAGAAACCCCACGCGUGUUCAGAGUGCGAAUUCAGGACGGCUCACAAGUCAUAUCUAACCACUCAUAUGCGAAUUCACAGCGGUGAGAAACCCUACAAAUGUGACCAGUGUGACUAUUGUACACCAUGGAAAACUCUCUUAAGGCGACACAUGCUCAAACACACUGGUGAUAGACCCUACAUGUGUGGGGAGUGCGGCUACAGGGCAGCUCAAAAAGUUUCACUUUCUCGGCAUAUGAGGACUCACACGGGCGAGAAACCCUAUAAGUGUCACCUCUGCGAAUAUUCCGCAGCAGAGAAGGGCAAUUUAAAAAACCACUUAGCACAGCACACUGGAGACAAGCCCUACAUGUGCGGCCAGUGUGACUAUUCGACAACUAACCUCGCUAACCUACGUACUCACGUGAGGAAACAUACAGGUGAGAAACCCUACAAAUGUGACCAGUGCGACUUCUCCUGUUCGUCAACAGGCAGUUUAAAGCGGCAUCAGCUCACACAUACCGGUGAGAAACCCUUUGUGUGUGAGACUUGUGACUAUAGUACGUCUGACAAGUUUACACUUUCCUUACAUGUAAGGAGGCACACUGGUGAGGAACCCUACAGUUGUGGGUACUGCAGGUACAAAACAACUAACAGGAAUUCUUUAACUAGGCAUAUUAUGACACAUACUGGAGAGAGACCCUACAAAUGUGAACAGUGUUGCUAUUCCGCCACAGAAAAAGGAAGUCUAAAGAAACACAUUGCGGUUUCGGGACACUCAUCUGACAGCAUAUAACUAAACGUAAGACUUUUCCUUAGCUUGGAAACCAUGCACGCGGGGGCUUGUGAAAACGAUAUCUUUUUUGGUCCGACAGACACACACAGGUGAGAAAGCUUGUAAAUGUCAUAUUGAUGAAUUCAUGAUGUGUAUGACAACGUUAACUGUGUUUGCUAUUGUAUGAUUUACGAUCAACGAGUAUUUAGACAUACUUUGUCAUAUGAAAACGCUUUUCGACCGAAUUCUACAUCAACAAAAAGUGACUUGCAAGAAUUUAUGAUGGGAUUCUGGGAGACAGAAAAGCUUUGUUACCUGUUGCUUUUUGUCUUUCUACCUGACUAAGUUUACAUGCUCCGAUUCAAGUGCUACACUGCAGUCUGAUCACAAGACGUACACAAAUAGUAGUCAUUUUGAGGACACGGUGUAAUACAGAUGCUUUGUGUGAAUAGGUAUUAGAUUGAUGUAUAGAUAGAUGAAUGUUUUGUGUUUUAACAAAUAGAUAAAGAUAGAUAUAUAUAUAUUUUCAUGUGUCGUGCCUUUGCUCGUUUACAUUGCUCUGUAACAACAUUGUUUCCUUUGCACUAUUACAAAUCCGUUUCACUGUUGUAAAACCAUUUACAAGAUCACUUGGUCAUUAGCCUGACUAAAAUCGCACCCCUAGCGUCCGGCCCUACAAUUGCCGCCACCUGGAAGGGGUCAUUAACUCCAGCCAUCGAGAGGUUGUGUAAACACAGGCUAACUUAGUCAUAGUUGUAAAGCAUUUUCACUUGCACUGUUGUAAAGUGCUUUCAAUUGCACAUAUUGAGUUCAUGUUGCCUGAAAGAUUGUGAGCUUCCAAAUAGUGACAAUUUGUGUUUUUUUUAUAUCUAUGUAUGUUUACUAAAGCUACUGUAUACUAGUACGUAUUAUAUUAAGAUAACUAAAGGUAUUCAGAUUUAUAUUCAGGCAGUAUCUUGAACUUCUAUUCAUGUCUUGAUCUAGUAACGUUCGUCGAUUUUAAGAUGUAGGUUUUUUAAUGUCUGCACCGUAUUUACUAUAUAGUCUUCCUUGAUCACCAAGUGUAUCGUUUUAUAUAUGUAAUUUCUCACGUUGCCGUUUGUCUAGCAAUGUGCGAAAGAAAAAUCAAUAAAAUAGUU